AUGGAGGCCACGAGUGAUGAAGUAAGAGAACAAGGGAAGUGUGAUGCUGGGACUAAAGCUGGUAUCCUUCCCAUCGUUCAGCCAGCUCCCAGAAACUACCAGUGCCUGGAAUGUGGGAAAAACUUUCGGCGGAGCCCAAGCUUGUUAACUCACCAGAGAAUCCACACAGGCGAGAGACCUUACCAAUGCCCCAAGUGCGGGAGGGCCUUCGCUCAACAGUCGAGUCUCACCAUUCAUCUGAGGAUCCACACAGGGGAGACUCCCUAUCCCUGUCCUCACUGUGGAAGGUGUUUCCGCCAGAGCUCAAACCUCCUUAAACACAAGCAGCUCCACGCAGGGGUAAGGCCUCACUUGUGCUCAGAUUGUGGUAAGUGCUUUGCUCAGCGUUCCAACCUGCUCAUCCACCAACGGAUUCAUACGGGAGAGAUGCCCUACCUCUGUUCUGAAUGUGGACAAACUUUCCGGCAGCACCGCAGUCUUCUUAUCCACCAGAGGUUUCACAAGGGGAAUGCCUCAAAUGGCUAUAAUUGCCCUGAGUGUGGGAAAAGCUUCACCCAGAGCUCAGACUUGGUGAAGCACCUGAGAGUCCACACAGGGGAGAUGCCCUACACUUGCCUCUACUGUGGGAAGAACUUUCGCUACGUCUCAAAUCUCAACAGGCACAAACGAACUCACACGGGGGAAAAACCCCAUGCUUGCCGCCAGUGUGGGGAAUGCUUCAGCCAUUUGUCCAGCCGAAAUAUGCACGAGAGAAUUCACACGGGCGAGAGGCCAUUUGGCUGUGCUGAGUGUGGGAAGAUGUUCGUUUCCAGUUCUAAGCUUGCUCAGCAUCUGAGGUCCCAUGCCAAGCAGGUAUCCUACAUCUGCAGUAAGUGUGGGAAAAGCUUUUGUCACCAUCCAAGUCUCCUUAGACACCAGCAACUUCACAAAGCUUGGAGAUCUCACUUGAGAAGAAAGGGAGGCAAAGGGACAAGCAGGCUUUCCUAG